GUUGGCUGAAGUAAAGAAUCAGAGGGGAUGGAUUUUUAGCAGAGUAAUGGGAACCCACCAUGAAAAGAUAAGUCCAGAAAACAUCACCAGGAUUCUGGACCAACUACUUGAGGGGUAUGACAACAGACUGCGGCCUGGGUCAGGAGUUUCUGCUACUGAAGUCAAAACAGAUAUAUUUGUCACCAGUUUUGGACCAGUGUCAGAUGUUGAAAUGGAGUUUACCAUGGACAUGUUUUUCCGUCAAAUGUGGUUGGACGAAAGACUGGUGUUCAAGGGCCCUAUUGAGAUUCUGCGCUUAAACAAUCGUAUGGUGGAGAAGAUCUGGACGCCUGACACCUUUUUUCACAACUCGAAGAAAUCCCUGGCUCACAACAUGACUACACCCAACAAGCUGUUUCGCAUCAUGCAGAAUGGCACUGUCUUCUACACUAUGAGACUAACUGUGAGUGCAGAAUGUCUCAUGAUGCUGAUGGACUUUCCAAUGGACAGCCACAUUUGUCCUCUUCGUUUUGGAAGUUAUGCUUACACCAGCAGUGAAAUUGUUUACACAUGGCGAAAAGGCCUGGAGAAUUCUGUGGUCAUCCCUCCAGAGUCCUCCAACUUAUUGCAGUAUGACCUCAUCGGCCACACACUCUCCAGUAAAAUCCUAAAGAUGAAUACAGGUCAGUACUCUGUCAAGGAGGUUCAUUUUUUUCUUCAGAGAAAGCUGGGCUAUCACCUGAUCCAAACAUACAUCCCCCUCAUCAUGGUGGUCAUGCUGUCUCAAGUGUCAUUCUGGAUCAACAAGGAGUCUGUACCUGCUCGCACUGUGGCUGGAAUCACCACAGUCCUCACCAUGACCACACUGAGCAUCAGUGCCCGGUCCUCCCUGCCCAAAGUCGCCUAUGCCACAGCUAUGGACUGGUUUAUCGCUGUCUGCUUUGCUUUUGUGGCCUCUGCCCUGGUUGAGUUUGCUGCAGUAAACUACUUCACCGUGCAGGAGACUGAAAGGCUGAAACGACGGCUCUCCACAGCUUCUGCACUGGGGUCUGUCGCUGAGGAAAGUGAUGACGAAGAAUCGACAAUGUCUGAUGGCAGUAUGGGGCGGCACAGGAAGAGGAUGAACUCGAUCCAUGAAGCACCAAAAAUGCGUCUACCAAUAUUUCUGCAGCAGGGUUCAGCCAUCCCACCCAACAUAACACUAGCUGGCCCAAGCCGCAUCGACCAGUAUGCUCGUGUUGUCUUUCCUCUGGCAUUUGCCAUCUUUAACAUCAUCUACUGGUACAUCUACCUGAGCAAGGAAACCGUGACAAAAUCCAGGGAGAUGGACUGA